UAGCAAGAUCUGCUAGCUAAAGAAGGAGUUGUUUACAUGGAACCACAUAAUGAUGGAUGAGGAAACUGAGCUGUCGUUUACAAUCGCCCAAAUUGUUCAGCGGUUAAAAGGAACACAUCUGCAUUCUCAGCUAGAAAGGCAAGCGAAAGAAUGUUUGCACAGACCGGAUAUAAAACUUGAAUCACUUAAAGACGAUGUUCGGAAUUUCUUGAAAGUAUCGGGUUGGGAGAGGAAGCUCCAGAAUGCAGUGUACAGAGAAUUGCACAUCAGGCCUCCCCCCGGGCACCCUGCUGCCCCCCCUGAGCACACCAAAGAGCCUCUGGCGUACAUGCGUAAGGCCCAGGCCAGCUGGGAGAAGAGGAUCCUGAAAAGUCUGAACAGCAUGUGCACUGAACUAGGGGUUCCAUUGGCACGCAAGAGGCCAGUGCCAGAACAGAGGGAGCUGUCAAACAAGUGGAACGAGAUGGGGACGGAUGAACCAGACCUGAGUAAGUUCAGGCCCGUCUACGCUCCCAAGGACUUCCUGGAGGUGUUGAUUAGCUUGCGAAACCCUAACCUGGACAGCAGUGAGGAGGUGAGCUCCCAUAGCCACUGGGGCCUGAUCCAGGUGCCUCUCCACAUCAGAGAUGUCCCCCAGCUGAGGGAGGCUUGUCCUGAACUGACCCUGACCAGCGGACAACUGGGCAUCGAUGACCACCCACACGUCCCUGCAGAUUUGUUUGAAAGUGAGCACGUUCGUCUGGGCAAGAGAGUACUGAGUGAGCAGGACAGUGCUGCAGCUCAGCAGUACAGCAGACAGGGCUGUCCCACUGGCCUGAGAGCAGAACUCUGGGCCCUCAUACUAAACUCCACCAACGACCCAGAGGACAUCAUGCACUACGAGCAGCUGAAGGCCGGGGUCAUUCAGCAUGACCUGCUGGUGGACAACCUCAUCUAUAAGGAUGUGAAGCUGACGGCAAGUAAUGAUGACUACUACUUUGUGUUUGAGGAUUUCCUCUAUCAGGUCUUGCUGUGCUUUUCACGUGACACAACAGUGCUUGAGCACUUCAAUUACAACAGUGCCACUCCACCCAAGUCCUACAUACAAGGCAAGACGGAAGAGGAUGGAUAUGCUGUUAUUUAUCCUCCAAAUGAGAUCCUAAUGUGUGAAAUCCUGAUUGUUCCAGGUGUUGUCCCUUUUCAUGGCUUCUCCAUGUAUGUGGCCCCUCUGUGUUUUCUGUACAAUGAGCCAUCCAGGCUGUACGGUGUGUUCAGGGAGAUGUACGUGCGCUACUUCUUCAGACUGCAUUCCAUCUCCUCCCACCCCUCAGGUAUUGUGUCCCUUUGUCUCCAGUUUGAGAGGUUGCUGCAGACUCACUUGCCCCAGCUCUUCUACCACCUCAGAGAAAUCGGUGCCCAGCCCCUGUCCAUAGCCUUCAAGUGGAUGGUGCGUGCAUUCUCGGGAUACCUUUCUACUGACCAGCUCCUGUUGCUGUGGGACCGUAUCCUUGGCUUUGACUCACUGGAGAUUGUGGCAGUUCUGGCGGCUGCCGUGUUUGCCUUCCGAGCCGAGAAUCUGAUGGAAGUGACAUCACUGGCCUCCGCUGAGGCCGUCCUCGCUGACCUCUCUACGCUGAAGGUCAUGCCCCUGAUCCAGAUCUUCGUCUUUGCCACGGUUAUCUAACCCCUCCCGAGAGAAGAUGAGGAGGAGGAGGAGGAGGGGGGAGAGGCAGGAAAAGGGAAGAGGCUGAGUCCUCUGAGCCAAUCCCACGCCAACGCCGCCUGCCUUCCUUUUCAUCCCCUCACGCCAGCGCCGCACCAAACGACGGAGCGCAAAGGGAGAGAGAGAGAUGACGUGGAAGGAGGACGCCGCAAAAACGACAAACAAAAAAAACUCCCGGUGUGGUCCAAGGCUGGUCGUAGAGGGGCGAGCCAUUUAAUUGCCUGUCAUAGUACCCUCGUUACACACGGGCACACCAUGUGUCACGCCACCUGCGCCCGUUCCCGGUGCUGUCUCACUCACACCGUGGCCACGCGUGGAUCAUUUUACCCUGCUGUAUGCCUUACCCCAAACUUGACCCCCCCAGACCCAUGCCCAUCCCCCACCCUCCCCCAGCUUGCAUUCUCAUCUGAAGACCCCCCAUCCAUCUGCCAAUGCUUCACAUCUAGCUCAAACGCAUGCAUCGCCAAUCGCAAGAAAGUUUGCAAACUCCUUGCAUUUAGCAAAGCAAAGCUUGUUUUCUUUUGACCAAUUUCGUGUGGCAUAGCAAUAUACAGCACAUACUUUUUGCACAUCAAGUGCAACGUGUUCUUUAAAUGUUAGUAACCACUGCUUUGUCAUUGCUGAUAAUCAUCAAAAAGCACGGCUGUUGUGUUCCCUGGGUUACCAAAUUGAGGAAGGGAAGAAACAUGAUAGAUUUUAUUUCCAUGAUGGAUGUUUUCCUCUAAUCCAAAGGGCUGUACUAGACCCUGCUCCAUUUUGCCAGAAAUUCAGUUACUCUGUCACACAGCUUGGUCUUCCCCAAGAAUUUUAUUUUGUUGGUUAAUAUUGUAUUUCCGGCCAAAAAUGUCUCUCUUUAACCUACAUACAUGCUAUAGUAAGCUCUAAUGAAAUGUUUCUAGAUGAUUGUAUGUAUACUGUACACGGCUUUGUGGAUUGUUUUUGUUGCAUGGUUAGAAAAAAGAAAUGCCUUGCUCAGACAGACAGUAACUGGUGCUGGACUUAUGACUCAGAAUGGUAGUACCCCCAGAUAUGGUAUUUAACUUUGCUCUUUUCUAGUAACCAAUAUAUCAUUUUAAUAAUCAGUACACCAAGAAGUACUUUCUAUUGCAUUGACAUACCUGAACACCUUACUCUUUCCACACAGUUGGUAGGCUAGCUUUUUUUUUUUUUUUAUCCAGCAACCAGUAUUUGUCAGGAUGUCAGUCUAUUCUUUGGGUUCACCUCCUGUACAGGGCCAUUGAUUGCUACAUGUGCUAAUAUGGGUAGGCUACACGAUUGAGAAGAGCUGUUUGUCAGUAUUCCCUCUGCAUAUUUCACUUGAUGUGAACCAGUUGCAGUACCGCAGGUAUGUGACUUGUCACUGGUUUGGCUGGCAAAGAACACUUAUCCCUUAUGCAACACCUGGUGUCACCAUGGAAACCAAAAGGUGGGCAAUGGGUGUAGCAUUUAGUCAUUGAUGUCUAGAACUACUUGUUUUGAAUUCCUUACACAGUUUUUACCGUUCUUCUGAUUUUUUGUUUGUGUAAGUUUUCAUUCGGUGAAAUAUUUAUUGGUUACCCAUAACUGUCCCAUGCCUUGAUCACAUACGUGUCAUAUGUUACAAUUAUAGAUUAUUUGUAUUAUCAUUAUUUAUUGUUAACUGAUGGUUGAUUUAAACCAUUUUGUUAUGCCUUAUAGAGCAGUAGGCCUAAGUAUCAUGUCAGCACCACUUUACAUUACAUGGACAAUGCCAGGAAUUAAUUA